UUAUUCACUACGAUAGCAAGAUCAAGAAGUAUGUCGGGAACACAGCCUGCGGGGUGAAGAAUGCGGAGGAGUGGAACAAGGAUACGGCCCAGCUCGCAGUGCUGCUGGGUGAAGUGGAUCGAUACUGCAAACACAACGCGGAACUCGACCUGCUUUUCACAACAGAUAGGAAAAUCCCACCCAGUGUCAGAGUUCGCUCUAUGAAACCCUUCAGCUCUCAGCACCAGACCAUGCUGGUCUGCAACGCGUUUGGCUUCUACCCACGUGAGAUACAGAUGACCUGGCUGAGAAACGGAGUGAAGGUGACGGCUGAUGUAUCCUCGUCAGAGCUGCUCUCUGAUGGAGACUGGACCUAUCAGAUCCACUCCUACCUGGAGCUCACCCCCCAAUCUGGAGACUCCUACAGCUGCAGGGUGGAGCACAGCAGCCUCGCUGAGGCCAUCGAGGAGAAGUGGGAUCCAGCGAUGCCCGAAUCAGAAAGAAACAAGAUCAUCAUCGGAGCUUCUGGAAUUGUUCUAGGCCUGGUCAUUGCAGCCGCUGGACUGAUCUACUACAAGAAGAAGGCUACAGGUCGCAUUUUGGUGCCAUCUGAUUAAGAUUCCUGAAGUGGUGGAUACUUUGAUCACAGGUGCACACCUUGAAGGGUGGAUGUGAAGUUUUACAAUUGUAUUACUUUGUUUUGCUUUCGAUUAAUUCAAUAAUUUCAAUAAUGCAGCAACAUGUACAAUCACCUUCAAUGUAAUCAACUUUACUGUUUGUUUCCCCACAUUUAAUGCAUAUAUGAAUAAAGGUAAACAUGCUUGGCUUCUACACAUUGUAUUUGCUAUAGAUACUUCAGUCUUUACAGUUUGACCUUGAUUAACAUUCUCCUACUCAGUUCAUUAACCAGGUUAGACCAGGCCUAUGUAUUUGCUCAGUAAUGACAUUUGCUUAAAUAAAUUUGCUACAUUAAGAGCUUUUAUUGUAGUUAUUACAACAUAUGAAUUGUUUAUGUUAAUAAUGAUGUUUGACUUGUGGUAUACAUUUUGAUUUAAGAACAUAGAUGUAGUUUGCUGUUGAUUUAAAGUGUUUUAUGUAGUGCUAAUCGCUGUACCUGUUUUAAGUUCAAUAAAAGUUCCUUUUACUACCAAA